AUGGUUGCCACUGUUAAGCACCGUAAGUUUGGUGAGGAAUCUGAGGCUCUGAAAGACGUCCCCGCCGAAAUUCCAGAGAACAAUGUAAGUUAUCAUGCAGACAACGACAGCGACAGCGAGGAUGAUGACGACGACGAUGCCCCAGAAGAAGCGGGUCUUUCUAGCUCCAAGAGUACAGUUGAAAGACAAGAAUCCGAUAGACUAAGAGCCGUGGAGCGUGAGCAGGAACUUUUGAAAGAGAAAAGACGGAAACAAAACUCUAGAUUUGCAGAGCAGCAAGGCCAGAAACGAUCUAAGCAAAUGCAAGAUUUCGAAGCGGUGCUCAAACAGCGCGAGCAAAAUGAAAACAAUCAUGAUGACAAUAAUGAUGAUAUUGUCCCGGAUCAGCUGCCAGAGGAUUUUUUUGACAAUCUGGCUGAACAGGAGGCUCGCCAGAUCACCGCCAAACCCACACACGUCAAUUUCAACGAUUUGAACGACGAGGACUUUUCUGCUGAUGUCAAGGCAGAACUCCAGAAACAAAAAAAGAAAACUCUGCGGCAUCUACGCAAAACGACCUUGAAGCGCGGGCCGGUCAAAGUGACACUCUUAGCAUCCAUGUCCUCCACCAGGACAUUGGCACCUCAGAAAGAUAGUACAGUGUUGAAUAAAAAGGACAAGUGGCUCAAGAGAAAAGCUUUGGGUCGCAAACGCUAG